AUGGCUUCAGUAACAGAUGCCAGAUACAGGCAGAAAGAUACUUCAGAUCAAAAUUUUGAUUACAUGUUCAAACUCCUGAUCAUUGGCAACAGCAGCGUGGGGAAAACAUCCUUCCUCUUCAGAUACGCCGAUGACACUUUUACACCAGCCUUCGUUAGCACAGUAGGAAUUGACUUCAAAGUGAAAACAGUUUAUAGGAAUGACAAACGAGUGAAACUGCAGAUUUGGGAUACAGCUGGACAAGAAAGAUACAGGACCAUCACUACAGCCUACUACCGAGGAGCUAUGGGCUUCAUCCUCAUGUAUGAUAUCACCAGUGAAGACUCUUUCAAUGCAGUGCAGGACUGGGCCACACAAAUCAAGACUUACUCCUGGGACAACGCACAAGUGAUUCUUGUUGGAAACAAAUGCGACAUGGAGGAUGAAAGGAUUGUUCCUUUGGAGAAGGGGAAGCAUCUGGCUGAUCAGCUAGGUUUUGACUAUUUUGAAGCUAGUGCCAAAGAAAACAUCAACGUAAGGCAGGUGUUUGAGCGUCUCGUGGAUAUAAUCUGUGAAAAGAUGUCGGAGAGUAUAGAAUCAGACUCUUCCAGGGGCACUUCUGGAAGGAAUGUGCGGCUCACAGACAACCCACCCCCGUCGCAGCAGAACUGCUCGUGUUAGUGACCUUUCUUGCUGAGAAAUGUCCUUCUCCUUUCCUGACUAAAUUUUCUCUUUUCAUUUGUGAUGGUGCAUUAUCAUGUAAUCC